AUGACUCUGUCUGUAUUGCCCAAUUUGUCUAUCAGGCCACAAACUAUUGCUUCGUCCAUAACAAUACCACCGUUUACAACAGCACUUUCCCUUGUGUCUUCGUCUUCAACAUCAACCAUGCAUGCAACAAAUGUGCCAAGUACUAAGCCGUCACAGAGUCAAAUAGCCAAUGAUCAAUUAUUAUCACCAAAUCACUCGAUAUUAUAUGAUUUCUUACCACAUGAAGAUCCAUUCUCAAUUAAUUUAAAUGAUAUUACAAUACUAAAAUCAACUGAGUCAAGUGAUACAAGGACAGUGGAUACACAACUACCUAAAUCAGAAGCUGAAUCGAGCAGAAUACAGUUGAGUGACUUUCUGCAAACAUUUGGAUUAACAAGCAGUUCAAAUGAACCUAUAGAUUUGGUUAAAUCCGUAAUAAAAUCCAGUGAAAAUGAAACCUAUGGAUGUUUAUUCUUGGAUGAGUUGCGUUCGAAAGCUCCAACGUUUCCUACCACCAGUACGACUCAAACGUCAGUUUGUACAACUUCAACACCUGCAACAACAACAGCACUAUCUCCAGCUAAAACAAAACCAGUUGUAACCACUACUACAGAGAUAGGAACUAAGACAUAUGAUUCAUUGUUCUCUCAUUUUGAUGUCUGUGUUACACGUAUAAACUCUGGUCUGGAACCCAUUCAUGUUGCGUCGUUGGAUCAGUGGAGCUCUAGUAGUUCUGAAAGUACCACAGGGGUUAUAAUUCGCUCAGACUUAACACCACACACGUCAACUACAUGUCACCAUUCUGUACCUUGUAUUAACUCUAGCAAUCCUAUGUUACAGCAUUCAUUAACGUGCCCUCAUGCAUCGAAAACUAUACAUUUGGGCAGGUUACAAAUUAUUCACAUCCAUCAGAUGGACAUGCAAUAUCUGUUAACUACAGAACGGGAUGUAAGCAGGCAGUUGACGCAAAGCACUUGGCGUCGCAUAAUAAUGUAUCAGCUAAAUCUAAUAUCAGAAACACUUACAAAACAUGAACAUGUAUGUGCUCAUGGUCAUCAUUUAUCAAAUUCUAUUCCUGCUGGAAUUCAUCUUAGUGAAUUAGAGGAUUCACGUCCAUCUACAUCACACCAUGUGCACAGUAUAACACCUAUGGAAAGUGUAAAGCGAAUGCAUGGUAAACACAGUGAAAAUAAAAAAUCUGAACAGAUGAAAAGGAAUAAGCAUCAACACCACUCACAUGGUCAAAUGGAGAAGUCAGCUCCUGGUAACGAAAAUUUAAUGUCAUUGAAUGAUUUAGAAACAGCUGCAGCUGAAAUGCUUGAAGAAGUACCCUAUGUAGUUCUUAGACGUCCACGUUCAGUUGACGUUAAGCAAUAUCAGCUUCAUUUGGAGCAUCAAAGACAACAGGCGGCUGCCUUAGCCGCCGCUGCAGGAGGUUAUCCGUUCCAUCUUUAUCAAGUACCUGGUGCUCAUUACCCUUUUACUUCGCGCCUACCAAUGGGGUCUCAGCUACCAUUUCGGUCUUAUGUUCAGGCCCCACCAUUUCACGGAUUUACUGGUCACGAAUAUGAUGGAGGUCAACAUUUCGAUGUCCCAAUUACUACCGAGUCACAUCGUAAAUGCGGACAGUCAAGUAAACAAAUAUCCAUAAAAGUUCCUCAAGUCACUACAAACAGUCAUCCAAAGAAGAAAGUGAUUCGUGUAAAAAACGUUCCAAGAGAACGCACUCAAGAAGUCGAAAAGAAACGGAAUUGUUGGCUUCAGAAGAAAAUAAUCGAUUGA